AAUCAGUUCUCACAGUACUUCUCUUCGCGAAACCACACUCGCCGCGCGACCGCACAGUCCGCAAUGUCGCGGCAACCCAGCGAGACGUCGCCUUUGUUGGCAAACAACAAUAACCGACAGCCGGGGUUCGAUGACGCCAAUGCGAAGAAUAUUGUCGAUUUCGACCCCAAUGGCGACGAGGCGAACCCAAUGGACUGGUCGAAUGCAUACAAAUAUGGGAUUGUCGCAUUGCUCGCUUUUACCGCUUUCACGGUUACUUUCACAUGUAUCGCAGUAGUUCCUGUCGCAAGCCAUAUUGUCAAGGACCUGGACGGGCAUCCAGACAAAUCCUCAAGUGUACUGCUCGUCACCAUCUGGGAGCUCGGCGAGGCUGCAGGUCCACUAUUCCUUGCUCCGCUAUCCGAAAUUUUUGGCAGAUAUCCCGUCAUGAAUGGUGCCAACAUGUUAUUCAUCGCCGCCACUCUACUGGCCUCUUUUGCACCGACUUCUGCCGUCUUGAUCGCUGCGAGAUUUCUGACAGGAUUGGCAGUCGCGUCGAACGUGCUCAACCCAUCUAUCGUUGGUGACAUGUUCGUCUCCGAGGAAAGAGGAACAGCAAUGAGCUUCAUCAUGCUUGCACCACUUAUGGGAGGUGCCAUCGGUCCGGCUAUCAGCGGUGCUGUCGCCGAGACUCUUGGUUGGAGAGAAAUGCUGUGGAUUUGUGCUGGUCUGGCAAUGGCUUGCGAGAUCUGCUUCCUCACGCUUUUCCGCGAAACGUUCAAAGUUCCAAUCCUCGCCCGACGUGCCGCGAGAUUGCGCAAAGAGACAGGCAACGAAUUCUUACAAACGAGGUUCGAGUUUGAAGGCUCCCAGAAAACUGGCAAAGUUUGGGAGUCCAUCAUGCGUCCGAUUGUGGUUUUCUGCGGUUCUGGCGUUCUGCAAGCGAUGAGCAUCUUUGGAUCGGUCUCUUACACCUACUUCUACGUCAUCUCCGUCACCUUGCCCGACAUUCUUGAGGAUCAAUACCAUCUCUCCGCCGCCGCUACGGGAGCAGCAUUCGUCUCAUUCAGUGCCGGUUCCGUCGUCAGCGUCGUGCUCUGCAACCGCGGUCUCGACCGAAUCUACAUCCACAUGCGAUCCAAGAAUAACGGCGUUGGCCUGCCCGAACACCGACUCCCACUGGCCAUUGCAGGUGGCUUCCUCCUUCCAGUGGCAAUUCUCUACUAUGGCUGGGCGGCGGAUGUGCACCUUCCUUUGGCCGCCAUGCUCGUUGCCGUUGGUAUCCUAGGUGCAAGUCUCAUGCUUUCGGUGCUCCCUCUGAUGGCCUACGUCGUGGACGCGUUCGGACUGUACAGUGCGUCGGCCAUGACGGCUGUGAUCGUUACAAGAUGCUUGAUGGGAACAUUCUUGCCGUUGGCGGCACAGCCCUUGAUCGACAAGCUUGGCAUGGGCCCGGCCUUUACAUGCCUGGCAGGUUUGAGCCUGGCACUGGCGCCAGUGCCCGUCGCGGUUAUGAGGUAUGGAGCGAAGUGGCGUCAGCGAUCGAAGUACACGCGAGCGGAGGAAUAG